CCGGCACGCGUAUCUUCACCCCACAAAGCCUUUGGAGCAUAUUCUAUGUCUUGCCCUGACGGCCAACUAUCAAGCGCCUGUCGCCCGUGACUGGUGCUUGCACAGUUAUGACCAAGUCCUCGUCGUCGCGGCAGGGCGACUCGUCGUCGCGGCAGGGCGACUCGUCGUCGCGGCAGGGCGACUCGUCGUCGCGGCAGGGCGACUCGUCGUCGCGGCAGGGCGACUCGUCGUCGCGGCAGGGCGACUCGUCGUCGCGGCAGGGCGACUCGUCGUCGCGGCAGGGCGACUCGUCGUCGCGGCAGGGCGACUCGUCGUCGCGGCAGGGCGACUCGUCGUCGCGGCAGGGCGACUCGUCGUCGCGGCAGGGCGACUCGUCGUCGCGGCAGGGCGACUCGUCGUCGCGGCAGGGCGACUCGUCGUCGCGGCAGGGCGACUCGUCGUCGCGGCAGGGCGACUCGUCGUCGCGGCAGGGCGACUCGUCGUCGCGGCAGGGCGACUCGUCGUCGCGGCAGGGCGACUCGUCGUCGCGGCAGGGCGACUCGUCGUCGCGGCAGGGCGACUCGUCGUCGCGGCAGGGCGACUCGUCGUCGCGGCAGGGCGACUCGUCGUCGCGGCAGGGCGACUCGUCGUCGCGGCAGGGCGACUCGUCGUCGCGGCAGGGCGACUCGUCGUCGCGGCAGGGCGACUCGUCGUCGCGGCAGGGCGACUCGUCGUCGCGGCAGGGCGACUCGUCGUCGCGGCAGGGCGACUCGUCGUCGCGGCAGGGCGACUCGUCGUCGCGGCAGGGCGACUCGUCGUCGCGGCAGGGCGACUCGUCGUCGCGGCAGGGCGACUCGUCGUCGCGGCAGGGCGACUCGUCGUCGCGGCAGGGCGACUCGUCGUCGCGGCAGGGCGACUCGUCGUCGCGGCAGGGCGACUCGUCGUCGCGGCAGGGCGACUCGUCGUCGCGGCAGGGCGACUCGUCGUCGCGGCAGGGCGACUCGUCGUCGCGGCAGGGCGACUCGUCGUCGCGGCAGGGCGACUCGUCGUCGCGGCAGGGCGACUCGUCGUCGCGGCAGGGCGACUCGUCGUCGCGGCAGGGCGACUCGUCGUCGCGGCAGGGCGACUCGUCGUCGCGGCAGGGCGACUCGUCGUCGCGGCAGGGCGACUCGUCGUCGCGGCAGGGCGACUCGUCGUCGCGGCAGGGCGACUCGUCGUCGCGGCAGGGCGACUCGUCGUCGCGGCAGGGCGACUCGUCGUCGCGGCAGGGCGACUCGUCGUCGCGGCAGGGCGACUCGUCGUCGCGGCAGGGCGACUCGUCGUCGCGGCAGGGCGACUCGUCGUCGCGGCAGGGCGACUCGUCGUCGCGGCAGGGCGACUCGUCGUCGCGGCAGGGCGACUCGUCGUCGCGGCAGGGCGACUCGUCGUCGCGGCAGGGCGACUCGUCGUCGCGGCAGGGCGACUCGUCGUCGCGGCAGGGCGACUCGUCGUCGCGGCAGGGCGACUCGUCGUCGCGGCAGGGCGACUCGUCGUCGCGGCAGGGCGACUCGUCGUCGCGGCAGGGCGACUCGUCGUCGCGGCAGGGCGACUCGUCGUCGCGGCAGGGCGACUCGUCGUCGCGGCAGGGCGACUCGUCGUCGCGGCAGGGCGACUCGUCGUCGCGGCAGGGCGACUCGUCGUCGCGGCAGGGCGACUCGUCGUCGCGGCAGGGCGACUCGUCGUCGCGGCAGGGCGACUCGUCGUCGCGGCAGGGCGACUCGUCGUCGCGGCAGGGCGACUCGUCGUCGCGGCAGGGCGACUCGUCGUCGCGGCAGGGCGACUCGUCGUCGCGGCAGGGCGACUCGUCGUCGCGGCAGGGCGACUCGUCGUCGCGGCAGGGCGACUCGUCGUCGCGGCAGGGCGACUCGUCGUCGCGGCAGGGCGACUCGUCGUCGCGGCAGGGCGACUCGUCGUCGCGGCAGGGCGACUCGUCGUCGCGGCAGGGCGACUCGUCGUCGCGGCAGGGCGACUCGUCGUCGCGGCAGGGCGACUCGUCGUCGCGGCAGGGCGACUCGUCGUCGCGGCAGGGCGACUCGUCGUCGCGGCAGGGCGACUCGUCGUCGCGGCAGGGCGACUCGUCGUCGCGGCAGGGCGACUCGUCGUCGCGGCAGGGCGACUCGUCGUCGCGGCAGGGCGACCCGUCGUCGCGGCAGGGCGACCCGUCGUCGCGGCAGGGCGACCCGUCGUCGCGGCAGGGCGACUCGUCGUCGCGGCAGGGCGACCCGUCGUCGCGGCAGGGCGACCCGUCGUCGCGGCAGGGCGACCCGUCGUCGCGGCAGGGCGACUCGUCGUCGCGGCAGGGCGACUCGUCGUCGCGGCAGGGCGACCCGUCGUCGCGGCAGGGCGACUCGUCGUCGCGGCAGGGCGACCCGUCGUCGCGGCAGGGCGACUCGUCGUCGCGGCAGGGCGACUCGUCGUCGCGGCAGGGCGACUCGUCGUCGCGGCAGGGCGACUCGUCGCGGCAGGGCGACUCGUCGUCGCGGCAGGGCGACUCGUCGUCGCGGCAGGGCGACUCGUCGCGGCAGGGCGACUCGUCGCGGCAGGGCGACUCAUCGGGGGCGGAGCAGACGUCGGGAAUGUCCUCGACACCUACAGAGGUUACAGAGGAGUCUGGCCAUUGA